UUUAAACAUCUUACGGAGAACGCAUGGGCAUACUGUAUUCGAAAUCCGUACCAUUCGAUUUAUUUUCGAUUGUCAACGGCCAGUCUACUUGAAAUAAGAAUUGACCCGAAGAAGUGUCUAGAAGAAACGUUCGUCACUUAAACGUUAUUCACACCGGUUGAUUGGUUGGAUUUUUAAGUAUAGAGGCAUUAACGUCGAUAAACAGUACUAAAAAACACCACGCCUCCCAACGAAGAAGGAAAACGUGCACGUCCUUGACAUCGUGUAGUUUAAGAUAUUUAUUAUCCUGCUACCAAACCAAUAGGUAUGGCUAUCAAACUUAUCGUUUUUGUAAUAAUUGUCGCAGUUGCUUUUGCUUAUUUCUGUCCAUGUCUUCAUAAAGAUGUUGAAAUCCCUGUUUUGAAAGAUGGUUGGUGGGGAAAAAUUCCAGCGGAUGGAAAAAUACCUGCAGACGACACGAGCAUACGUUCUUUUACAGUGCCAUAUAAAGAAAGCGAUGUUAAAGAUCUUCACGAGAGGCUGUCUCGGGCACGACUCUCAGAACCGUUAGAAAAUGUACAGUUUCAAUACGGUUUUAAUACUAAUUAUUUGAAAGAAAUAAUAACUUAUUGGAGAACAAAAUAUGAUUGGAAGAAACAAGUAAAUGAAUUGAAUAAAUUUCAACAAUAUAUCACUCAAAUCGAGGGCAUAUCGGUUCAUUAUAUUCAUGUAAAACCAAAGAUUACCAACAAAAAGAUUCGGAUUUUACCACUUAUGCUUAUUCACGGCUGGCCCGGCUCUGUUGUGGAAUUUUACAAAAUUAUUCCUCUUUUAACUACUCCUAAACAAGGAAGAGAUUAUGUUUUUGAAGUAAUAUGCCCAUCCAUACCCGGUUACGGAUUUUCAGAACCACCGCACCAACCAGGGUUUAAUAUGUUUGAUGCAGCAAGAAUAUUCAAUAAGUUGAUGGAUCGUUUGAAACAUAAAAACUACUAUGUUCAGGGAGGUGAUUGGGGCAGUGCCAUUGCUACUGCAAUGUCUGCUAUAUAUUCCAAUAGAGUUACUGGCGUACAUUUAAAUAUGAUUUUGGGCGACUUCAAUUGUAACUCAAUUUUCAAACUGUUAAUUGGCAUGAUAAAUCCAAAUUGGGUGAUGGGAGCCGAGGAUCAGAAAUAUAGUUACCCAAUUAUUGAUAAACUAAUGGUAUUACUCCGAGAAACUGGAUACUUGCAUAUACAAGCUACAAAGCCCGAUACAGUUGGCGUUGGAUUGAGCGAUUCUCCAGCUGGAUUGGCUGCUUAUAUUUUAGAGAAAUUCUCUACCUGGACACAUAAAAACAACAUUAAUGCAGUUGAUGGAGGAUUGACAAAGUACCAUAACUUAGAUGAACUGCUGAAUAAUGUUAUGGUAUAUUGGGUAACAAAUUCGAUUACUUCAUCAGUAAGAUUUUACAAAGAAAACAUGGCAGAGAAAGUUUUGAAUAUGAAACUUAACAAGUUGCCUGUUCAUGUGCCUGCCGCUAUCGCAAUUUUUCCUAAUGAUCUUUACAAUUCUCCCAGAAUAACUAUAGAACGGCAAUUUAGAAAUCUUACUCAAUACACUCAUAUGCCAAGAGGAGGCCAUUUUGCUGCUAUGGAGGAACCAGCUCUUUUGGCCGAAGAUAUUUGGAAAUUCGCUGAAAUAUUACAAAAAUCUUAAUAUUAUAAAUAAUAUUAAUAAUUGAUGUUUAUUACUUUUUUAAUCAUAUUACAAAUACUUAAUAUUUAGAAAGUUCUAUUUAAAAUUAUAAAAUAAUAGGC